ACUGGUGGACUCUGAAGUAGGAACUGACUUGGAUUGGCAGGUUAAUAUUACAGUUUUUCUCGAUUGCUUAAACACUAUAACCAGGCCUCUAAACUAAAAUUUCAAAACCAUAAACGCUAUUGGUCAAAAUGCUCACCCAUUUCCCUGAACUAUAAACACUAUUCCCUGCUUUGACACAUGACUCAAAUUUGGUGAACUGGUACUGCAAAACUCUACACACAAAUCCCUACAUUUUACAGUGCUUACACCAUGUAGUCAUGUAGAAAGCACUAGCAUGCAAUAAUGUUAACGUAAGUCAGCAUAGCUUGAGCCCAAUUAGCACACAAUUAACCAGGUGGAAACACUAGGAGUCAAAAUUUAGCACACACCAAUCAGAACCUGCGAUGGAUAGAUAAAAGGGCCAAAGUCAGCUCAUUCAGGUUUGAAACAAUGGAUCCAAAGAGAUGCAAAGGAAGAGGACGUGGUGGAGAAAGAGGACGUGGUGAAGGAGGAGGACGUGGUGGAGAAAGAGGACGUGGUGAAGGAGGAGGACGUGGUGGAGAAAGAGGACAUGGUGAAAGAGGAGGACGUGGUGGAGAAAGAGGACGUGGUGAAAGAGGAGGACGUGGUGGAGAAAGAGGACGUGGUGAAGGAGGAGGACGUGGUGGAAGAGGAGGAGGAGGUGGAGAAAGAGGACGUGGUGAAGGAGGAGGACGUGGUGAAAGAGGAGGACGUGGUGGAGAAAGAGGACGUGGUGAAGGAGGAGGACGUGGUGGAAGAGGAGGAGGAGGUGGUGAAGGAGGUGGAGGUGGAGAACGACGGCGACAAGGAAGGGGAAGAGCAAGGGCACGAAGACAGUCAGUCUCGGAUGAAAUUCGAGCCACUUUAGUUGACCAUGUCCUUGUCCAUGGGAUGACUAUGAGGGAGGCUGGGCAACGAGUACAACCAAAUUUGAGUCGCUUCACUGUUGCCUCCAUCAUCAGAACCUUCAGGGAGGAAAACAGGACACAGAGACGACCACCUGGUGGAGGCAGGUUAAGGCUUUUGUCGGAGGAGCAAGAGAGGGAACUUGUAAACAUGGUAAUUGCAAAUAAUGUAAUCCGCCUGCAAGAGAUUCAAAGGAGAGUGAUUGAGGAUGAUCAUCUUUUUCGAGGCAUAAAUGCCAUCAGCCUCUCCACAAUUGACCGCAUCCUCCGAAAGAAUCAAUUCCGGAUGAAACAGGCAUACCGAGUCCCUUUCGAACGAAACUCUGACAGAGUGAAAAACCAACGUGUGGAAUAUGUUCAGAGAAUCUUUGAGAUUGAAGGACGGCCUGUUCCCCAUGAAAUGAUCUUUGUGGAUGAGGCAGGUUUUAACCUGACCAAAAGAAGGAAAAGGGGGAGGAACAUAAUUGGCCAUCGGGCUAUUGUAAAUGUCCCUGGUCAGCGUGGGGGGAAUGUCACUAUGUGCGCAGCCAUCAGCCAACGAGGGGUACUCCACCGCCAUGCCGUACUAGGACCCUAUAACACUAUGCUUCUCCUUGCUUUUCUUGAUGGUUUAAGACAACAUAUGUUCCAGCUGGACUACAGGGAACCAGCACAGCCAGAGCAGCCUCACUACGUUGUUGUGUGGGAUAACUCUGCUCUGGUUCGUGACUGGUUUACCAAUAACCCAAGGUUUUCUAAUAUCUUUCUGCCUGCAUACUCCCCCUUUCUAAACCCGAUAGAGGAGUUAUUUUCGGCAUGGCGGUGGAAAGUGUAUGACCGAGAACCUUAUGUCCGUGUUCACCUCCUUCAGGCCAUGGAAGAGGCCUGCCUAGACAUAUCAGUAGAUGCAUGCCAGGGGUGGAUCAGGCAUGCAAGAGGAUUUUACCCCCGCUGCCUGGCUGGGGCCAAUAUAGCCUGUGAUGUGGAUGAGAUUCUCUGGCCUGACCCAGACCAAAGACAAGAUGCUGUGGUGGGAUAAUGUUUCUGGUGUGUGUUGUACUGUAUAGUACAUGAAUGACAAUGUGCCACUGUACAUACAUUGGUUGCGUCUUUUGUGUUUAUCAUGUGACAAGGGUUUUGAAGGGGAGAACCAUAAGCAACCUAAUUGUUUUGGAACUAUUGUUUUGAAUUAAUUGUACCAGUGUGCAAAACUCUGUUGUAGUGUGUGUGUUUUUGAGGGCUUGUGUUUGAUGUCUGAGGGCAAAGUUCGGUUUUUCAGCAGGAGUGAAUAGUUUUGGGUGUAGAGCUUCAUUUUGACCUGGAAAUAGGAUGUUUGGGGAAUUGAGUGAGAUGUUAUGGAUUUGUGUUUACUGUUGUGCGGAUAUGAAGCGUAGUUUCAAGAAAUGUGUUUUAGCAAUCGAGAAAAACUGUAACAUUCAAAGUGUGUAACAAGGUCAUCAAGAGGCAAGAGUAGUGGUCCCUGUGAGCCCUCCUCUGUUGUUUUAGGAUCCCUGGAAGUCUAUUUUAAACCUGUUGUUACUGACCUUGGUUUUAAGUUGGACAGUGAUUUUAAAUUGGACAACCAAAUCAGAGCAGUGGUGAAGUCCAGUUUUUAUCAUUUAAGGCGACUGGCAAGAGUUAAAUCUUUUCUUUCGAGGCAGCACCUUGAAACAGUGAUCCAUGCUUUUAUUUCUUCCCGCCUGGACUACUGUAACUCACUUUAUGUGGGGGUCAGUCAGUCAUUGCUCUCACGUCAGCAGCUGGUUCAAAAUGCGGCUGCACGACUCCUAACAGGAACUCGAAAAAGAGAGCAUAUAACCCCCGUGCUAGCCUCUCUGCACUGGCUGCCUGUGUCUUUUAGAGUUAAUUUUAAAAUUCUUAUGUUUGUUUUUAAAUGCCUUCACAGUCUUGCCCCGCCUUACCUCUCUGAGCUUCUUCAUCUCCACACACCCUGUCGGUCUCUCAGGUCAGCUGACCAGCUGCUCCUGGAGGUACCGAGAUCCAGGAGGAAGCUCAGAGGGGACAGGGCCUUCUCUAUUGUGGCUCCAUAAUUAUGGAAUAAUUUGCCCAUGCACGUUAAAGAGGCCCCUUCACUGUCCACUUUUAAAUCGCGUCUUAAAACUCACUUU